AUGGCAGCAAAUAACUAUUUUGGGUUUACCCAUGGCGGUACCCAAUAUGGCGCGGCGACAGCCGGUGCCGCUUACGGUGGACAAACAGGGUACGCCGUGGCGCCGGCUGCGACAGCCGCGACGUACGGAACACAACGUGCUGCAGCUACUGGCUACGACACUGCCUACCAGGCCGCAGCCGCGACUCAGGCAGCCGCUCAUGCGCAUGCUCACGCAGCGGCAGCAGCAGCCUCAGCAUACGACGCAAGUAAAAGUGCAUAUUAUCAACAAGCAGCAGCAGCAUACCCCUCAGCAGCCCCUCAGCCCCAGCCUGCCUAUGAUACUACAGCAAAACCAGCCUACUCGACACCUGCUACAUACGCACAGAACAAUAUCAUAAUCCAGGGCGGCGGGCGCGCCGGCGCCGGCGCGAAGGCAGCUUACGGAAGUGUUUAUACAGCUACUACAGCGGCUGCAUCAUACCCUGCACAGGCUUAUACUGCUCCAGCAGCACAGCAAGCCAAGCCGGCGACUAACAGGGGCAACUCUGCUUAUGAUACAGCGCUCUACAACGCGGCCACCAUGUACGUCGCGCAGCAGAACAAGACGGCUGCCAACACUGGGUGGAAGAAUUAUAACAAGAGUGGUGUCGGAGCUGGGCAAGCUCGUCGGCCCAAGCCGCCACCAAAAGCUCAACAGCUCCAUUAUUGUGAUGUGUGUCGCAUCUCCUGUGCCGGCCCACAGACAUACAAGGAACAUUUAGAAGGCCAGAAGCACAAGAAGAAGGAAGCUGCAGCCAAAGCGAAUAGCAGCGGCGGAAGCGGUGCUGGAGGUCGAGGUUCUGGGGGUGCGGCGCUGCGCUGUGAGCUAUGUGACGUGACAUGCACCGGUGCUGACGCAUAUGCCGCCCAUGUGCGUGGCAUUAAGCAUCAGAAAGUUGUGAAACUGCAUACUAUGCUCGGAAAACCAAUACCAUCUACAGAGCCAACUAAACUGUCUGCUGCGAGCAAAGCCAUUGGGGGCGCGGCGAAGAUCGCGUUCGUAGCGAGUGGAGGUCUCAGCUCGGUGACGCCAGCGAAUGCUCCGUGCGCAGACAAAGAAGGCGAGAAAGAAGAAGACGACGGAGAGGAGGUGCAGCCAGUGGGGCAGGACUACAUCGAGGAGAUCCGCGGCGACGAUGGGAAGCCGCAAAGUUUCAACUGCAAGCUUUGCGACUGCAAAUUCAAUGACCCCAACGCCAAGGAAAUGCACAUGAAAGGACGCAGACAUCGCUUGCAAUACAAGAAGAAGGUUCAACCAGACCUGGAAGUGAAAGUGAAGCCAUCGAUGCACCAACGCAAGCUAGCAGAAGCUAAGGCACAGCGAAUGCUUGUGAGAGACGAGAUGUGGGCGCGGCGUCGUAUGCACGAGGGCAUAGAAGAUGACGAGCGCGCAUACUGGGAGAGUGGCGCUGAGGCAUGGUGGGCAAGGGGGCCUUUGCCGCCGCACAUGCACCACCAUCAUCAUGGCAUGAGCAUGGGCUACGGCAACGUGGGCCGCAGGCCGGAGACGUCGGACGACCGGCACGUGAUUGCACGCCACGCGGAGAUCUAUCCUGAAGAACAAGAGCUGCAGCAGAUACAACGCGUCGUGUCGCAUACGGAAAAGGCGCUCAAGUCGCUCUCAGACGCGCUCGCUGAACAAGCUCAGUCCAAGGGUGCUGCAAAACCGCAAGUCAAAGUUGAGGACAAAAAAGAUGACAAACCCGAGGGAAAAGAAGACGGACGUGAUAACCAACUAUUUUCGUUUAUGGGAGAGGGCGAGGGCAACAACGGCGGCAGCGGAGAGGCUAAUGCGAGUGGUACCGCCGCGGCUGGAACGGUUGCGCGGGCGUUGAAAGGCGUGAUGCGCGUUGGGCUGUUGGCCAAAGGACUUUUGCUACGAGGUGACAAGGACGUGCGCCUCGUCGUUUUGUGUCAUGACAGACCCACCAUCACGUUGCUCAAGCGUGUAGCCGCUGAUCUGCCACAACAUUUGCACCGUCUUAAGGCACCAAACGACGAGUCCAAGUACAAAGUGGACCUGCUGCCGGCCGAGGGCGCCGUGCAGGUGUCCGACGGCACCGUCAACGUUCUGGUCAGCCUGACUUCGGCCGUCAUGCGCGAGCCCGCCGAGGGCGGCGACGCCAAGCGAGACGACAAGGAUGUGCUCCCGCGCCAGAAGUGCUUGGAUGCGUUGGCCGCCCUUCGGCACGCCAAGUGGUUCCAGGCUAGAGCUGCCAGCCUCCAAUCCUGUGUGAUCAUCAUCCGCAUCAUGCGUGAUCUUUGUCGAAGGAUCCCCAACUGGACGCCGCUGAACCCCUACGCAAUGGAGUUGCUGGUGUCUGGAGUGAUGCAGUCUGCAGGCGGAGCUCUCUCUCCCGGAGAGGCGCUGCGACGCGUGAUGGAAGCUGUCGCAGGCGGCUUGCUGCUAGAGCAAGGACCCGGUCUACGCGACCCUUGCGAGAAAGAGCUUGUGGAUGCUCUCGGGAAUUUGGCCCCGCAGCAGCGCGAGGACCUGACAGCGUCCGCGCAGCAGUUCCUUAGGCAGAUCGCUUUCAGGCAAAUUCAUAAGGUUUUGGAUAUGGAGCCGUUGCCUAAGUUGAAAACCGGCGGAGGUGCAAACUCGUGGAAGUUCCCGCGCAAGCGCAGGCGCUCACACACGGAUCACGACCACGAUACGCCAAACGGCGAAGGGAAGAUAGGGAGGACAGAAGAAAUCAAGGCCGAAGUAGCGGAUAAGCCAGCUAUCAAGAAGUAG